UACACCAGCACUUUAAAAUUGCGGGCCAAACUUUUGAGGCACAGAGAUGACGCAGCUUGGAUAUAUUGCCAUUCUGGUAUUAUGGGCGUGCUCCAUUGCAUUAGCUAUUUCAUGUGGUAACAUAGAAAAUGGGAGUGUAAAGCCACGUUUCUUCUUUCAGAGAAGAAAAAGAACAUUUGAAUGUAAUGCCGGGUAUAUAGCAGAAAAUGACAACAACAGCAUUGAGUGUACUUCUUCAGGAUGGUCUCCUGUACCCAGAUGCAUUCCAAUACAAUGUGGAAGAAUAGAAAAUGGGAAAAUAGUGGACAAAGUUGAAGAAAAAACAACCUUUCAAUGUAAUCAUGGAUAUAAAUCUGAAAAUGGAAUUAAUGAAACUACCUGUACCUCUGAAGGCUGGUCUCCAGUACCCAUAUGUAUUGUUCAAGAGUGUCCACAUCCACCUGACAUCGAUUUGGCAGAAAUUGUCAGUGGGGAGAAAGCAGAAUAUCAGGAGGGUGAUGUUGUUCAGUACAGGUGCUACCCAGGAUACACUCUGGCAGGACCUGAAAGGAUAACAUGCAGUGGAGAAAAAUGGACACCUCCACCAAAGUGCUUGGCUCCAUGUAUUAUCACAAGGCAACAAUUGGAAACAAAAAAAUUGCUUCUGUCCAAUGGCCGAAGACGUACAGUAUUGAUUCAAAGUGACCAAACAAUGGAAUUUCUUUGUGGCGAACAUUCUGACCUUAAAAUCCCCUACCCCAUCAAGUGUGUAGAUGGGCAUAUGGAUUUACCAACUUGUAUAUCUGGAACUGGGGAAAAGUGUGGCCGGCCACCUACUAUUAAGAACGGAGACAUAACUACUUUAUCCCUAAAAGAGUACGUAUUUGGCUCUUCGGUAGAAUACAAAUGCCAGCAUUAUUACAUAAUACAAGGAGAACGGAAAUCAUACUGUUACAAUGGAAACUGGACAAAACCACCAGUUUGUUUAGAGCCAUGUGUUAUCACGCAAGAAGAUAUGAGAUCACACAACAUAGAUCUAAAGUGGGCUUCAGCUCAAAAACUCUAUGUGUCACAUGGAGCUUUUGUAGAGUUUAAGUGUAGAUCCAGUUUGUCUCCAAACUCUUCAAAUAAUCAUAGAGUGCAGUGCAAUGCGGGCCAAAUACCUUAUCCCCAAUGCACUUAG